AUGGAUGUAUCCAUGGGGGACAUUAAUCCCAGGGCUGUUAGCGCAGUCGCGGCACUACGUUCGGGGAACGGAUUAGGUGUCGGAUGGGGAAUGUCCCCACGCACAGGUGUGCUGGGUUUUGGAUUACUCCUCCCCCUCGACUUUGGUAUUGCUACCACUGUCAAAGUCCACGUCCUCGACACCAAGGAAUUCGGCUCGAGCCUUAUCUUUCAGGAGGUGUCCAGCUCGGUCCAUGUGGGUGCGUUACUUUGUAACAAGUCUCAAUGGGAGAAUGAGUCGAGUGACGUUUGUAGUAACGUCAGUCCUGGUGGGGAAGGGUGUAACGGGGUCACACUAGCCUUUGGCUGA